AUGAGCUUCAUGUCCCCUGGUUCCCAGGGUCUCCAGCUCCCAUGGCCGGUGGCCCUGAGCUGUGGGACCCCCACUGGGGGCUCUUCUCUCCUGGCAGACAAUGCCAAGGCCUAUUUCAAGCGGGCAAAGGCCCACGCUGCGGUCUGGAACGAGCGGGAGGCGCGGGAGGACUUCAUGCGCGUGGCUCACCUGGACCCCUCCAUGGCGGCCGCCGUGAAGAAGGAGCUGAAGCAGCUGGGGGAGAGGAUGAGGAAGAAGCACGUGGAGGAUCGGAAGCGCUACCAGGGGCUCUUCCAGUCCCCCCAGGGUCAGCGGGCCAGCAAGGGGCAGGAGAGCAGGAUGGGAGGGACCCAAGGAACAGAACAACCAGGGGCUGGGAGUGAAGGGGAGGCACCAGGAGGAGAAGCAGCCCAGGGACAGCCUGCAGUGGCAGAGGUAGAAGCGAGGGAUCAGACAGGACUGGGGGAAGAAGUAAAGUUGGACAUGUGUGGGGCAAAGCCAGAGAGCCUGGGAACAGAGGAGGAAGAGGAGAAAGAGGAGGAGAGAGAAGACGAAGAAGAGGACAGGGAGGAGGCAGAGAAGGAAGAAGAAAAGGGAGAAGAAAAGGGAGAAGAAAAGGAAGAAGAAAAGGAAGAAGAAAAGGAAGAAGAAAAGGAAGAAGAAAAGGAUGGUGUUGACAGCCAGAGUGACAGUGCAGGCUGUGUCCCAGCAGCCCUGCAGGAGCAGUGCCAGGAUGGCACAGCAAUGGGAGCUGACUCAGAGGAGAUGCAUGGAUAG